AUGGCGGCAGGGUUGAACGGCGAGGAGCGCGGCGACACCGCUCUGAUUAGAGCAGCAAAGGCUAACAAUCUCAGAGCAGUCAUGGCCACCUUUCCAGAGGAUGCGUGUAAAACUGACCACACAGGCCGCACGGCCCUCAGCUGGGCUACCGAGCGGGGAUAUGUUAAUAUUGUCCGGUACUUGAUACACAAGGAGGCGAGGAUUGUUGACAGGAAGGGUGUCACUGCGCUAAUGAUCGCCGUAAAGCGCCAGAACAUCUCCUGCGUCAUGUCUCUUUACGCAUACGAGUCCGGGUUCCAGGAUAACCACGGCUGGUCUGCGCUUCACUGGGCAGUUUUCUAUGGCUGCGCAAACAUUGUCCAGUACUUGGCUCCGUUGGAGGCUGGGCUCAUCACUAACAAUGGAACCACCGCCUUGAUGUGCGCUGCCCAAAAGGGGUAUGCAAACAUCAUCCCCUAUCUUCUAGCCGCUGGAAGGGAGCUUAGAAUGGUUGAUAAUUUGAAGAAGAGCGCACUCAUCUAUGCAGUAGAAGCAGGGCACGAGGAUAUAGUGCAGCUCUUAGCUGAGAAGGAGGCGGGAAUAACUGACAUGCUCGGACGAUCGGCUCUCAUGUAUGCUGUGAUAAAUAAGAGGCCGGCGUGUGUCUCUAUUCUUGCUCCGUAUGAAGCGGGCAUAGUUAGUAGUGAGGGGAUGACUGCGCUUAUGUAUGCCGUGCAACAGCAUGAGUGGCACAUUGCGAUGAUUUUGGCCAAGCAAAAGGCAGAGCUAGGGAAGCAGGCUGCAAAGGAAGUUACUGCGCUUAUGCUCCUGAUGGACGCGAAGGAUCCUCCGUCCGAAGUCGUGCUGGCACUUGGAGACCGUCUGAUCCCUUAUGAAGCUAAGCUAUCCGACUCUGCGGGCAAUACAGCCCUUAUGCGCGCAGCAAUGCGGGGGGACAUUAAGAUGGUUGAAAGACUUGUCACCCACGAGGCGGGAAUGCAGUCGUUGGCGGGGAAGACAGCUAUGAUGCUAGCCAGCCACGCUGGGCAUGAUGAGAUUGUAAGAUUACUUUCACCCAUAGAGAAGGGUCUCGUUGACGCCAUGGGGCGGACUGCAUUAAUGUACGCCACAAGGGCAAACAAUGAUAACGUGAUACGAUACCUCAUUCCGUUUGAAAGCAGAAUGACUGAUUUCUAUGGCAAGACGGCGUUGAUGUGCGCUGCAAAGAAUAAUUAUAUGCCGAUUCUUAAGUUUCUUGCGUCAAAGGAGUGCAAGAUUAAAGAUCACAAGGGCCGGACGGCUCUGAUGCGGGCAGCCGCUAGCGGGCACAUAGAGUCAGUAGCAUUCUUGGCUCGGUAUGAAUCGCAACUUCAGUCGGAGAGUGGUUUAACUGCCUUGAUGUUUGCUGCCGUCAAUGGCCAUUCAACCGUGGCGCGAGUUCUCGCCAAAACAGAGGCCGGGAUGCGCGAUUCUACAGGACGGACUGCCCUUCUCCUUUCGCUGGUUAACAAUCAUGAAAAUGUCGCCCGUGCGCUUCUUGUAUUCGAGCAUCAACUUGCUGACGAUCAAAAGCGGACCGCCCUGAUGUAUUCUGCCCAAACAGCAUUCGACUCGGUGACUCGGUCACUUAUAGCCCUGGAUAAUCUGGCUAAAAGACAAGAUGAUGUAGGUCGCACGGCACUAAUGUAUGCUGUCACUUCUUCGCAGAGAAAUGCUAUCAGAGCGCUGCUUCCCAAGGAAAAUUGCAUGGUUGACAAGAACGGACGGACUGCACUCAUGUAUGCCGCGCGUGCGUGCCUGUCUCCGGGGGUCCCGGGGCUCAUCGAGAGUGAAGCAGGAAUACACGAUAACGACGGUCUAACGGCCCUCAUGUAUUGCUGUCUCAGCAAAAACUACUCGCUAGCGGAUCUUUUGUUAUCAACGGAGGUCUGCAUGCGUGACAAGCGGGGACAGACAGCGCUCAUGUAUGCUGCCAAGGAGGGUUGCAAGGAGCUCGUCAAUAAGUUGCUUCCACACGAAGCGGACAUGCGUGACCAUAGCGGGAAGACCUCAUUGAUCUAUGCUGUUGAAAACGGGCACUCUCAUCUGGUAUCGUCCCUGGCGUCGGAGAACAGGCUUUCCGAUAAGCAUCUUCAAACGCCAUAUGACUACGCAAUGCGUCUGCGCUGCACAAAGUCUGUACAGUCUCUUGUCAGCAUCUUAACAGAUACGUCCACUCUCGUGCUAAGUGCCAGUGUUUGUUUACAAUUCAUCCGAAACCUUUCUCCGAUUGUUUCGUAUAUGCUCUGGAAGAGUAAGAACACUCUCUAUGCGAUUCACGCACACACCUUAUUGGAUACCCUGAUGUCAUUUUUGUUUGAUGAUCUAGACAUUAGUCUUCUGCGUUCUGAGGAAGAACAACGAUGUGGUGAGAGCCUCAUGCAUCUCUGCACCAUCAACGAUAGUUUCAUGGCCUCGUCGUCUUCGUUCUGGCUCCGCGGAGAAGCUCGGCGUCGGUACAUGCACCGGACGCGGACUAUGGAGAUCUCUGAUGCUUCACAUGACUCCGUCUGCGCAGUGUGCUUAGACAACCAUCCCAAUGUCGUCUUUCUGCCAUGCAGACACAUGGUUGUCUGCAGUGCUUGCUUGACGUCUAUGGAGCGUCACUGUCCUUAUUGUCGAAAAUAUGUCUGUCGUCACUUCACUAUAAACGAAGAAGACAUACUCUGCUAG